CACUGAAUGAGAAAGGAGGCGUCAGAAUUGGUUAAUAAGCGAGAACGAACGCAUCGCAUCAUGGCGAGUCGGCGGUUAAGAAAUGCAAAUGCGACAUCAGAAGUGGGAUCAGAAUCUUUUGAAGGAUGGCAGCAAAUAAUAGCUCGUCAAAAUCAAAGUUUGGAAGCAAUUGCGCAUGCGUUACUCGGUCGGAAUAGCGAAAUACAUUUACCUGAAUUUGACCCAGCAACUGAGGGCGCUGAUGCUCAUGCUUGGGUUGUGAUGGCUGAUAUGGUCGUUGGUGAAAAUUCGCUGCAAGGAAGUGCACUAUUGUCUGCAUUAAGCAGAGCCAUGAAAGGGGCAGCGUCAGUGUGGCUAUCACAAAUAUCACACACGGGGCUAACGUGGGCCGAAUUUAAAGAAUGUUUUAAAACACGGUUUGAAAUUUACGAAUCAGCAGCCGCUUUUAUUUUAAACAUGAACAAUAAAAGACCAAAAGAAGGUGAAUCUAUUGCAGCGUAUGCAGCGACUCUGGCAGCGACUCUGAUUUCGCGUUGGAGUGAUAUGUCGAUAGAAAAUAUUGCUGUGUCUAUCGUUUUGGCGCAUGUUGCACAAUUUGACAAUCGUUUGCGUCGAUUAGCGCAUACGUGUGAUGCAUACACUUGUAAGUCGCUUCAGCAAGAACUAAAAGCAAUUUCUAUAAAGCGAAAGAUGAUCGACAGUGCUGGUGACAGUGCGCCUAAACGGCAGAGUUCCAGUUCAGCUGCAAUAAAGUGUUUUCGCUGUGGUUCGAGUGGCCAUAAAGCUUUCCAGUUGUAA